AUGACCGCCCCUCGCGCAUCGUCGAGCUCCGCGCAGCUUCGCCCUUUCCUUUCUCCAGUUGAUCCUCAAACUCGAGCCUCGCGAAGGCUAUCCGGCUUCUCCGUUUCCGACCAGAGCGAUCACGGAGCCGGAGCAGCAUCCACCGUCGCAGACACAUCUACUCCGAACCCGACCGUCACCGAGGAGAUCAACGAGAUCAAGCGCUAUGAGGAUUUUACCACCAUCGACUGGGUCCAGGAUGCUGUGCACGAACAGGCGCGCCGCCGAGCUCGCCGAAAGGACGGCUCCGGCUUCUGGGACAAGGAGGGGACGCUGGGAUGGAGGCGAAAGCUGCGCGAGUCGUACGACGCUGGCCAGGCCUGGCUUGUGGUGACUAUCGUCGGCGCAGCAAUUGGGUUGAAUUCUGCCUUUCUCAACAUUGUGACCGAGUGGCUGUCCGAUAUCAAGUUGGGCUAUUGCACCACCGCCUUUUAUUUGAACGAACAAUUCUGCUGCUGGGGCGCGGAAGACGGUUGCCCCGAAUGGAAGCGUUGGGGCUCGUUUGCAUUCAUGAACUACAUUGCGUAUUUUGUCUUCGCUAUUCUAUUUGCCUUUACAGCUGCAACUCUGGUCAAGUCGUUUGCUCCAUAUGCCGCAGGUUCCGGCAUCUCGGAGAUCAAGUGUAUCAUCGCGGGGUUUGUGAUGAAAGGGUUCCUCGGCGCUACAACUCUGUUCAUCAAGUCUAUCGGACUUCCUCUUGCCAUUGCCUCUGGUUUGUCCGUGGGAAAAGAGGGUCCUAGCGUUCACUUUGCGGUGUGUACAGGAAACGUGAUCUCUCGGUUCUUCAAUAAAUAUCGACGGCAUGCGGCCAAGACGAGAGAGAUCCUGACUGCGAGCGCAGCGGCCGGCGUAGCAGUCGCGUUUGGCAGUCCGAUCGGCGGUGUAUUAUUCUCACUCGAGCAGCAGGAAAUGGCAACUUACUUUCCCUUGAAGACUCUUUGGAGGAGCUAUUUCUGUGCUCUGGUUGCGACCGGAGUGUUAGCUGCUAUGAAUCCUUUCCGGACUGGUCAGCUGGUCAUGUUCCAGGUCAAAUAUGAUCGCACGUGGCAUUUCUUUGAGCUGAUCUUUUUCGUCUUUCUUGGCAUCUUUGGCGGUUUAUACGGCGCAUUUGUCAUAAAGUGGAAUCUCCGAGUUCAGGCGUUCCGGAAGAAAUAUCUAGCAAAAUACCCCGUGGCGGAAGCCACCGUCCUUGCCGGCAUCACGGCGCUUUUAUGCUAUCCAAAUAUAUUCUUGAGGAUCAAUAUGACGGAAAUGAUGGAAAUAUUGUUCCGGGAGUGUGAAGGAGACAAUAACUACAACGGCAUCUGCGAGGCCAAGAAUCGGUGGGGGAUGGUGCUGUCGCUUGCCGUCGCCACUGUACUUCGGAUAUUCUUGGUGAUCAUUUCGUACGGUUGCAAAGUCCCCGCGGGUAUCUUUGUACCGUCGAUGGCGAUCGGCGCAUCCUUUGGCCGGCUAGUUGGGAUCCUUGUCCAAGCGCUGCAUGAAUCAUUUCCCGACUCGAAUUUCUUUUCUGCUUGUGAACCGGAUGUACCGUGUAUCACACCAGGCACCUAUGCUUUCCUUGGUGCUGCAGCUGCGUUGAGCGGGAUCAUGCACCUGACCAUUUCGGUGACAGUCAUCAUGUUUGAGCUGACAGGAGCGUUGACGUACAUUCUUCCGACGAUGAUCGUGGUAGGUGUGACUAAAGCUGUCAGCGACCGAUUUGGCAAAGGUGGCAUUGCCGACCGAAUGAUCUGGGCCAAUGGCUUCCCAUUCCUCGACAAUAAGGAGGACCAUGUGUUCAAUGUCCCGGUCUCGCACGCAAUGACCAGCAAUCCGCUGUCCUUGCCAGCAUCUGAUUUCCCAGUGCGGGAAGUGGACCGUCUGUUGAACGACAACAAGUUCCAGGGGUUCCCCAUCGUCGAGGACCGCAACAGCAGAAUCUUGGUGGGCUAUAUUGGCCGUACGGAGCUCCGAUAUGCCGUCGAUCGGGCGAAACGGGGAGGGCUUCUCUCUCCAAACGCAAAAUGCGUGUUCUCAAAAGAAGCUGCUGCGGCGAUGGUUUCGCAGGGACAACCCCCUACCCCCAUUUCUCACAAUGCUCCGCAAACCUUUGACGAACUCGAGGACGCCACGGGUGCCCGAUUCGUAGACUUUAGCCCGUAUGUGGACCACACGCCGCUUUCGGUGCAUCCUCGCCUUCCACUUGAGACGGUCAUGGAGCUGUUCAAAAAGAUGGGGCCCCGCGUGAUCUUGGUUGAGCACCGUGGUCGCCUAAUAGGUCUGGUAACGGUGAAAGAUUGCCUGAAGUAUCAAUUCAAAGUCGAGGCGCAAGAGAACGCGCUGGCAGCGGGUCCGGGACUGGGCAACGGCAACAGCCAUGCUGACGAUCAUCCUGCCACUUUUGAGGAGAAGCUAUGGGACUUUUUACAGCGGAUCGGUCAGACGUUGAGGCUUAUCAGCGGGAGCGGCGGUGGUGGCAGGGUGAGACUGAAUUCCCGGUCGGGAUCAUUGCCGCUGCAGUCCAGACGAGGACCUUCGCCGGAGAUCCUCGAAGGAACGGAAAUUGAUGACAGGGGGCUUGAAUUGGAGGAGCGGAGGGAGAGGUAG